AUGUACAUUGGUUUUAGAAACAUAGCACUACUACUAGUGCUAUGUUUUUCAUUAGCCACUGGCGAUCAUCAUACCCAUGAGCACAAUACCGAUCAAACAUCAAUAUCAUCGUUGAACAGUUACGAUCAACAAUAUCACGACUACCAUCAUCAUCAUCCAGUUGAACCGGCCAACUGUGGCCAAGUAUGUCCCCGUACAGUGUCGAAAUACGGUGAAUUUGAAGUCGGCCAAGUUUAUACGGUAGAUUUGGACGGUCAGACACAACUGUUGGUCAAAGAUGGCCAACAGGUUGGCCUAAAAGCUAAAGUCGAUGUCCAAGUAUUGGGGCCGUGCGAGUUCACCUUGAAAUUACGUGAAUCGGCCAUUACGGGUGAUCUGCCCGAUACGGCUGGUCUAUCCCAGGAACUGGACUCAAGUCCGGCCGUACGUUUCGGUGCAUACGACGGUAAAAUCUUGGGUAUAUGUCCCCAGCCGGACGAACAACCGUGGACAUUGAAUAUAAAAAAAUCGGUACUAUCGGCAAUGCAAGUCACUACCAAAGAUCUGUCACAAAUACAAACCGUCGAGGAAGUAGACAUUUCGGGUCAUUGUACAACAAUCUAUAGGCCAGUAUCUCCCGAUACCGCUGACCAGAAAAACGUAGUACUCGAACGUACGAAAAACCUCAACAAAUGUCAUCUCCGUAGGAAAAACCUGUCGGGUUUCGGCAGUCGGGCAAUGGCUUUGUUUACCGAAUUCCUACGGGAAAACCUACCGAUACUUCGGGCCCAUCAAAAGUGUACCCAAGAGAUCAAAGCCGGCCAUUUGUUUAGCGUCCAGUGUGUUGAACAACACGAACUGGCACUGGAUGACCAAUCGCUGGUCAAGUCGACCCUGAAUCUGCAGUUUGCUGGUAAAGCACCGGCAGCUAACCCGGCCGCCGCACCCGCACUCGACCCGAAAUCGGCCCAAUCGUUGUUGUUGACUCGCGAUAACGAUGACCAACAAGCGGCUACCGAAGCCACGACACUGGAACUGUUGAAAAAACUGUGCCUUCAAGUAAACAGCGACAAACUGGCCGCCGAAGUUACCGAAUCCUAUCACUCGUUAGUACAGGCGCUGAAAACCUUGCCCGACGAGGCCACCCGUACGCUGGAUGCGGCCACCAAAGCAUCGGCAAUGUGUCCGUCACCUAAACUGCGGCAACUGUUUAUCGAUGCAUCGGCUUUUGCCGCCAGUGAUGGUUCACUGCAGACACUCAUUGAUGCCUUCAAAUCGGACGAACUAUCCGAAGGCCAUAUGACACUGUUGUUUUCGGUGUUGGCAUUGCGUACCCGACCGUCGGAGACAACCAUCGAAAAGUUUGUCACAAUAAUCGAGAAGCCGCACAGUUCUCGGCGAUUGGUUUUCGGUGUAUCGCUAUUGGUUCGGUCGUAUUGYCGUAAAAAYGAUAAUUGCGAAGAAUCGSCRGCCGUCAAAAAAGUGGUCGAUAUAYURUUGAAAAAAUURGCCGAUAGUGACCAGGAUAUUGAACGUAUAGCCCUGUUGAAAGCUCUGGACAAUAUUAAAGCCCAAAAAUCGGCACCGGUUAAGUCGGCACUGUUAGGUUGGGCCGAAAAAUCGGAUGCCGAUGCGGGUGUCCGCGUAGCGGCCAUUCAAGCUCUCCAACGUAUUGCCGACGACAACGUCCGCGACAAAUUGAUUGCCGUAUUGAAAUCGGGUGACUCGACACCCAACGAAGUCCGUACUCAAGCCUACCGGGCCGUAGUCCUGUCGGGCGGUGCUACCGCYGGCCAAUUGGAUCAAAUCAAAUCGGAAACCGAUCCCCUAAUCAGCAACUAUAUACGUACACAUGUGAAAAAUUUGAAAGAGUCAACGAAUACGGCCCGUCGGGCACUGAUACCCGAUUCGGUCCAGUUUGACGAACCGAAAACGACUGGCCUGGGCGUUACCCGCAAUAUACAGCGUAGCUAUCGUGGACUGACCAUCGAAACCGAUAUUGUUCAUCCGAAAGGAUCGCUGGUUCCCAGUCUAUACACUUUUGCCAUCGCCUAUCCAAUGGGCGAUAAAGACUAUCAGGUAAUGGAAGUACAGCUUCGUCAACAAGGACUGGACAGUCAUAUACGGAAAAUUUUCUCAAAAGGUUUCGGUGCGGCCGAACUGACUGUCCAACUAACCGACCAAUUGAUGGAAUUGUUGAGCUUUUUACGCGAUCCUAACCAUAAACAUUCGGUAACAUUGCAGGCGUCGGUUCGGUUGGGCGGUAAAAAUGUAGCCUUUUUGGACACAUUCGAGGACAUACAUAAUCUGGUCCGGCUGGUCAAAGAUAAGAUUCGGGAAACAGUCAAAUCGGGAAGUAUGGAUAAAGCUCGGGGACUGUUGCCACUGGAUUCACAAGUAGAAGUACCGUCGAUAAACGGUUUCCCAUUGUUGGUACACUUAAGGAUGGUAUGGGUGGCCGCAGCUAAAGGUGUAUUUCAAUUGGACGAAACUCCGGAUAAGAAAUCCGUAAAAAUGACCAACGCUUACGGUUAUGUGGAGGAACUGUCGUCGGGUAUCCGAUUGAAAGUCCGUAACUAUCGGCCCGGUUUUGAUUGGCGAAUGCGAACACAGAUUAGCCGCUGGGAUGACCUGCUGGCCGAACGCUCGGACGAUCGGGUAUUGAAAUUGAAAAUCAAUUUACCGGCCGAAAAACGUACCUGGCUGCUGAUAACUCAGCGCACCUUGAUCUUGGAUGGACUGGGUGCGGUCAAAUCGGUUAAUGAUGUAUCCGAUAGUUUGGCAAACGAGGAAAAUACCCGAUGCAAAGAAAUAUUUGGCCUUAAAUGGUGCAAAAGUAAACAAUUUGUCGACAACUCGCCCAUACCUAACGCUGCCUAUACUGUCGAACGGUUGGAUCCGGCCUUGGAGUCAAUCGAGGCUACACUUGAACGACCAGCGAAAACCGCAACCGACGAUCAUCGGCAAUGGUCGGCCAAACUAACUGCCGGACCCCGUGAAUACUCGGCUCAGUUUGAUCUGGAAAAACCAGCUUCGGGUCAACGUAAGGCCAGCCUAAAACUACAGUCCCCGAAACGUACCGUUACGGCCGAAGCCAAAUUGAAUCGGGAAAACAAUGGCGACAAAUCCAAGUUGGAACUGGAUGUCAAAGUACCCGGUUGUCUGGACAUAGAUAGCGAAUAUAAUAUCGAAAAAACGGGCGAUGAAAGCAAAGUUGAUGUCACGGUCGAGUAUCAGUUGGCCGGCGCUGACCGUAAAGAAUCGGUUAAAUGGCAACGAAAGUCGAAAUUGGAGUACAAAAAGGAUAAGAAGUCGAAACAAAUUAAUGUCGAUUUUGAUGGUCAGCUACAGUUGACACAGUUUCCCGAACUGAAUCAACGUAUACAGUAUGUGACCAGUUUUAAGCCCUACCAGACCAGUAAAACCGAUAUGACCUACGAAUGGGGUAAAGAUUUACAAAAUCGGGCCAAAGUUGGUCACGUAUCGAAAAUGGAUGUCAUUGAAUUGAGGCCAUUCCAGAUGGUAUCGGAAAAUACCCUAACCGUCGAGUAUACCCCACUGGACAUUGACUAUGAAGUGAAACUCAACAGCGAUAUAGCGACCAUUAAGUCCAAACCCAGGCUAUUGAACGUGAAACUGGUUGGUAAAGAUCAGAAAAAUCGACCCGGCCAGGCUGUCCAGGGCGAGCUCCGGUACGAAAAUAUGGAACAACCCGUACAGCAGGUCCUGAAUGCCUCCCUAAGCUAUCCGGGCAACGAAAUUAGCUAUUAUAGCGAAGUCAAACAGAUCAAGGACUUGACAUAUUCGGGUAAAAUGAUUUACUCGCCGACCAAAAACAAAGUCAUAACCAUCGACCAUAAGGAAAGCAUUACAAAUCCGACACAAAAUUUCUUUAUUAAAUCCGAGGCCAAGAUAUCCUAUUCGGACAGUCCGUCGACCAAAUCAGUUGAAUUGGAUGUCGGCUACGAACGACCGGAUUUGUUUCGCUACCGACGGGUACUGAAAGCCAACGACAAAAAGAUGAACCAUUUGGAUGUGAAAUACGAUACGGUCGGCCAUAAGCUGGAUGUGGACGCCGCCUGCGAAUAUCACGAUAAAGCGGUUACCGUCAAAGUCGACGAUGUGGUCAAUCCUAAGUCGGCCCAGUUGUCUGUUAGGUCGGGACCCAAAUCCUAUAAGUUUAGCGCUGCCCGAGUGCCCAAAGAGUCGAUUAUUGUCAAACUGGACUCUGCGGAAAACUCCCGACUCAAGGAGUUCAAAGCUAAAGUAUCCAGAAAAGAAAAAUCUAGUCUCCGAUUGGUCGUCAACGAUGGCCAGGGAGAUGCCGAACUCAAUACCUAUAUCGAUCUGUUGGGACCGAAAGAAAAACGUGCGCACCUGGACUUUAAAUGUCCCCGACUAGCCAUCGAUCACCAGGGUGAUAUUGUGGUCAAUCGGGUCGAUCGUAAACUAAACUGGGACUCGAAAACCAACAAAAACGGUAAACUAUAUUACGAAGGAUCAGCUGAAUUGGUGGCCAAAGGCCGGUCGUUCCUGUUGUUGAAGAAACAUAAGACGGACGGAACGGUAUCCAAGUUUGAAUACUUUCACGAUAAGUCUGUUUACGGGGCAGUGUUGGACACCAGUCGAUUCAGUGCCGUAUGGGAAGGCGAAAACAAAGGCGAUGGUAAACGUUUCGGUAAACUGGGGUUUGUCGACAAACUGGCCAAUGUUGAACACAAGUCGCAUAUCAAUAUUAGCAACGGUAUCCUAACUAUUAAAUCCCUGAGCGAUGAUAAAGACAAGCAAUCGGUUACCAAAUUGGAUGCCCAGAUCGGUUUGCGUAUAGUAUCCGAAAUCAAUUUGGUUACCCCGAAUAUCAAUGGCCAUUUGAAAGCCAACCCGUUGGCCGAACCGAAAACUUUGGUUGUCAAAUGGGUCGGCCCGGUGGUCGACUAUAACCUGAAUGUUGACUGGGCUCGGGGUAAGUAUCUGAAAUUGGACAGCCAAUCGGAACGUAAGGUCGAUCCGAAACGUACCCUUAAAGUCGAUGCCUAUCUGACCCGUCAGGAUGAGUCCAAAUUGCAUAUACAGGCGCCGCCACAGUUGGACUUUGAUGUCAAACGUGUUUUGCAACCGAAACCCCAUUUUGUUUUCAAUACGACUAUCAGUGGCUAUAAUGAGAUCCAGGAGUUUGAUUCAAAUCCAUCGCUCAGUUCGACACAGAAUCUGGUGAUAGCAUUGGGUAAAUGGUUUCAAUCGUAUACCAGUACUAACUAGAGUGGACGGGUGUGUAGUAGUAGUAGGUGUGGGUGUGUGUGUGUGAGUAUGAGAUAUAUAUAUACCUAAUUAUAAUUAAUUAAUAAUAUUAUAUAU